AUAAUUCUUUUGCCUGUACGAGCUAUUCGCAAGUCUUCGAUACUUUAUCUUGAACAGAGUCGACAUCUUCUUCGGGCGGCUUUCAGGGUCAUCUAAUUACGCUGCGCUUGAACGAUCAGGUGUUGCUCGCCAGCGAUCAACUUCUCACCUGUUCCGCCAUCGAAAGUCUUCUUACCUAUCACACCACCAUCGACAACGAUACCAUUGCAAUACGACCGGCAGCAUAGGUUCCACGUAUCGACCAGCUUGAUCCCCGCGACUGCCGCCUACUCCAUAUCUCCGACCCCAGUCUUCUCCAGUCAUGGCCUCGUCGGCCUUGACCUCCGCGAACAACACUUCGGCGUUUGGGGUGCGGUCGCUAUAUCGGUCGCUGUUGCGCCAGGGAAGUCAAUUUGCUAAUUAUAAUUUCCGGAUGUAUGCAAGACGGAGGACGAGAGAUGCUUUUCAUGAACAUCAGAAUGAGUCGGAUUCUAGGCGGAUACAGGAGUUGGUGCAGAAGGGUUUGAAGGAGUUGCAGAUGAUGAAGAGACAAACAGUGGUAUCACAAUUUUACCAGCUCGACAAGCUCGUGGUAGAAGGUGGCAAGACGGGCAAGCAGACAGGCGAUCAUGGUGGAAUCGUGCGACAGAAAGAUACUGGAUGGGAUUGAUAUGCCUCUCCUGCAUCUUCUUAUUGCGGCAUUCUGUACAGUAUCUGGAAGUAAUACCUAGAAGGACAGUCCCGUCGACAUUUGCACAGGCAGCUCUUUGUGGUACCAAUCAAUCUCUCUGCCCAAUAUCAUGUCUCUUGGUCUGCUGCUUUCCACUUCUCAUUCUAACUCCCAGUCCUUGUCUUGUUAUC